GGGGUACUUAUAUUAAUUUAAUAGAUCAUCGUUAUGGUUUCAAAACAGAUUUAAUAAAUUAAUAUUAAAAGUUAUCGCAUAAAAAGAAGAAACGAAAACAAGACGACAUUGAAAUGGCCGGAUCGGAUAUUACGUGGAAUAGUAUUAUUGCAUUGAAGCGAGAGAAAGAUAUAAUCGGAUUCGCUUAUUAGUAGGUAUAUUUGCUUGGAAAAUGCGUCCGUCUCAAGGUUUCGCAGUGCGUAUCAGAAUAUUUCCGUUUGUAGUCAUCUUGCGUCGCCAAUGAGCUCCGAAAAUCAGUCAAACCGUGUAAUGCGUAGUGCAACAAAUUGAAAUUUCAUUUUAUCGAAGCGAUACUUAUAAUUUCUUUUCAAUCAACUGACAAUUUGUUAUGUGAUUUGAAAUGAAAUGCGGACGUUUUUUGUUUUUGUUUUUUAAUUAGGUAUAGUGCAACGUGAAAUAGUAAUUCGAUAGAUUAUUAUACCGUUCAAGGUCCUCCGUUUAUGAGAUUUUGGAUAUCAUAAACGUGUAUCAAGAGCAAUAAGACAUCAAUCCUGUUCAUUCCGCAAUCGAAGUUCAACUAUUACACACAAAAAUACGCGUCACCGGUACACAGAAAAAUAUGAAGACCGCCAUGGUAAGUCUUGUAAAAUAUCAAUAUAAUAUAAACAAUUGUACUUAAGUAAUAUAAUUUUACUUGAAAAUUACAUUUCUUAUUUAUAAUCAAAAAUGUAACAGAAAUGUAUAGUUAUAUAAACCUUUCUCUCUAAUUUUAAAUGUUUUUUUUUUUGUAGAAUAUGUAAUUUUAAAAUAUACCUAUUUUUUUUUUUUUUUUUUUUUUUUUUUUGAAUAAGUGCUAUUACAUAUUUGUAUUUUUAUCAUUCAGCAAUUAUUGUUUAUUGAUAUAUUUAUAAAAGUAAAUUCAUUAUAACAAUAUGACAAAUUACUUAAACAUCUAUAUAUACUAAUUAUAUAGGUUAAGGCAAACGCUCUCAACCUAUUUUUUUUCCUUUGGGACGCACUUGCUUAGAGAGGCGUGACAAAAUUUCCUGGGGAGGUUAGACAAUUUUUAAAACCCCACGGAACAUUUACAUAUAUAUUCCAAUUUUAUAGUAGUGGAAGAGGCGUGAUCGCAUGUAAUAGUUUAAAAGAGGGCCUGGAUCUCAAAAGGUUUAGAACCCUUAGGUUAGGGUAUUCAGGAUUGAGCAAUAAACAGUAUUACAGAUGCAAUUGUAUGUUAUAUCUGGAUACUUUUUGUUAUAUUAUCAAGUAUUUUUUUGUGCUUAAGGUCAUAAUAUAAAUAUUUUUUGAUAUAAUUUUAAAUAAUAUAUUAAAACCGAACAAGUGGUUCGUGUUAACAUUUUAAUACAAAUAACAUUUAAUAAACAUUUAAAUAGCUAGUAUUAAUAUAUAUAUAUAUAUUAUAUAUUAUUAUAUAUUUAUAUGGUGUUUAAAACAAAAUGUUCAGCUUAAUUAAUUAAUUGUUAUUAAAUUGUAUUUAUUGUAAAUUAAAAUAAGUCGUACAAGUUAUGAUAAAAUAUUCAUCAAAUUAGUAUUGAAUUAUGAAAACUAAAAACUUUAAGGUAGCUAUUUUAUAUUUAUUUUAUAUCAUAAUACAUGUUUUUUAGUUUCUUGCCCAACCCUGGCAAUCUCUCAUUGUUAAAAUCUUUAAAAAACAAACAGGAAAAUCGUACAUUUUAUCUCUUGAAUCUUGGUAUUGUAUUUUAUACAGUUCUUGUGUUUCAAUAUAAUUGUUGUAUGAACAAAAUUGGUAACAAUAAAUUUCAAGAAGGCACAACAAGCGGUACAAAUAAUACAAUUUACUACCUACCUGUAUAAUCGAAUAGAUUUAAUAAAAAAAAAACCCGGCGGAUUAUCAGAGAUAAAAAUUAGCUCUUUUCUUUUCGUUCAAUCAGACUACAGUUAUGGACGAUUACUGAUUAUAAAAUUAUAUUAGUUGAUCGUAAUAAUUUUAAUCGAGGGUGAAGGAAACGCACAGUUAUAUAAUUCGUGUUAUUUAUAGGAAACGAUUUAAUAAUAUAGCUGAUGGACGCAAUUGUCUGCAGCACAACACGGUCUGGCUUAAUCGAUUUAGUAUAGAUUUACAUAGACAUACCAAUUAAAUAAUUUAGAAUCAAUCUUUAUACUAUAUAUAUAUCUAUACCGUGUUAAAAUCGUUAAUUGAAGAUCAUUUUCUAACGGUACAAAUUAUAUCUAAUAUAUAUUAUUAUAUUUUAUACGUUAUAAUUUUAUUAUAUAUAAAUUAUAAUAUGUUAUAUUAUAUAUUAUCGUUACUAACAUUUGUUUUUUCUGUCCUUUUUGCACCUAACAUUGCAACAAAGGUGUUUCCACAUUUCUACAAUUGCAACUCUUCGGUAAACACAUAGGUGUAUAAACUGUAUAUAGAGUGCUUAUUGAUUUUUGAUUUAUUUUAUUAUGCAACGGCAUAAAAACUAUUCAAAAAUUGCACGUAUGACUUUUAUUAUAUUAAGUCUAGAGAACUUUUAAAUCGAACACAGACGGUAAUUUAGAAAAAUCGAUCGUUUUAACUUUUCACUAAUGCGUUUUUUAAGAAUGUUUUUCGCCAGACUAAAAAUAAAAAUAUACAUCCGUGUUGGAGCAGGUAACAGUUUAUAAAUAAAUUCAAUUUCAUCCCUUAUCCAUACAAAAUUACAAAUCAAACAAUAUAUUAAUAAUAAAAAGUAUAAAAUAAUUGUUUUCGAAUGUUAACAAAUAAGUGUUACUUUAUUAGACAUGAUAAGUUUUCAUGUUUAAUCAGUCAGUCAAAUUAUGACUAAUUUAAUUACCCACUAGAAAAAAAACCACUCUGCAUAGUUUACGUCCCUAGUAAUUUUUCCUCUCUCAUAAGUCUUGUUAUAGAUAUAUAUCUUACUUAUAAGUCAUAAGUAUUACUUAUGCUUAAAUAAUAUUUCCUCGACUAAAAAUACGGCUCUUGCAGUACCUACAGCAACUAGCUAAGCUUACCAUAUUUAUACUUUUAUAUUCAUAUUGGCAUUUAGGUCGUAUAGGUUAACACAUUUAUUGUAUUAAAACAGGUAUGCUAUUUUCUUUUCACAGAAAUCCCUUUUUUAUUGCACAUUUAACAUAUAAGUUCAAAAAUAUUUUCGGCAGCAUUUUUUUGAACGAUUCAAAUAUCUAGUGAAAAAAUAGCGACAAGAAAUAUUAAGAUUUUACUUCCAAGCUUCAUGACAUCAUCCGACGAUAAUCAUAUAUAAUAUCAUUAUCUUGAUCAAAUUUAAUAAAUUAUUUUAGGCCGGUUUUUUUUUUUAUUUGUAUUUUAUUGUAUUUAAAAUUAAGUGAAUAACGUAAUAUUAUUAUUUAUAUGAUACCUAAUCAUCUUAUAGUACCACUAUAAUAUAUUCAAAAUAAUAAAUAAAAAUUAAUUUCAUAUAUUAUAGUUUAAGACACGCACAUAACAACUUCAUACCUAGUAGGCGUCCUUCACCGAAAAAGCACGAAUACUGAGAUGCGUCAGAAUAUAAUGUGUAUCGUAAAAAAGAAAACUAGUAAUUUCCCAUUAACUCAUAAAUAUUUCGAUGAUUGGUAAUUUAUUAUUUAAUACGAUAUAUAGUUGAAGAGGUUUGAUAAAUAUUAAUAUAUUUGCCAUCAAGUCUCUAUAUGGUGUAUACUAUGUUGUAUACGAAAAAUCAGGCAUUAGCGAGUGGUUUUUUGAGGUCAAACGUCCUGUCAAAUAAUAAGUUUUAAAUGUUACUGAAAUAUAUUGUACACGUAUAAUAUUAAUAUCGCCAUAGAAAGUGUUUGUUUUAACCAACAAUAAUAUGUUACCUCAAGUCAUUAGUCUUUUUCUAUAAAAAAAAAAAAAAGCCCUUGUUACAUAAUACAUAAAAUAUGUAAUUACCAAUAGUGUGGACAUAUUUUAUUAAAGGAAGAGAGAUAACUGUAUUUUCUCGUUUCCACCUCGUCAUCGUGAUCGUCAUUUGACACGGGUAUGGGAAAUUAUAAUAACUGCAAGUGGUAGUAAAUUUGUUCAAAUUAUUAUAUCAAUCAUUAAAAUAUACGUGUCAAAUAUACUUAUACUUAAUUAUAUAUUCAAAGCUAGGAAGGAAGGGCUAAAGUCAAUUUUUGGAAUUUUUUCGUGUGUAAUUUUUUUCCCCUUUAUUUAUUGCUCUAGAAUCUAGAUUACAUAAGUGUAUGUAUAUUCCAACACAAAUUAUAAUGGAAAUUAAAAUAUCUUAAGUCGUUAUGACGUUGUUUUUGUUUAGCAUAAAGUCUUAAGGACUUUAGAUAAUUUAAAUUUUUUUAAAAAAAAUUAUUUAGAUUCAGUGGCCUCGUGGACUUUAAAUAAUUUAACAUUAAAUAGUUUUUUUUUUUAUAUAUAUAUAUAUAUAUAACCACCGCCCAUCUGAAUAUAGCUGAAUAUAGCUGAAUAUACGUUUAGCAACUUUUCCCUUAUCAUUCAAAUUUCACAAAAAAACAACCGCCGACCGCAAAAAAUACAAAAGCAGCCAUUUCUGAAAACCAUAGUUCGCUGUGCCAAAUGGUUAGGCUAUUUAGCAAUUUAGCUGUAACAAUUGUGCCAUUUUGCCAUUAAGAAAUGUUCAAAAUUUAAGUUUAUUGUAUUGAAAAUUAUACAACACCGACUUUAGCAUUUCUUUCCUGGGACCAAAGAUUUUAAUAUUUCACUAUUUAAUAUAUUUCAUAUUGGACGUUAUUGCGUGAUGCUGAUCUUUUGGACUUUUCAGUUAUCGUCGGUACUCGUGACGUUGGUGGCAUCAGCGUUGGUCGUUUGCCGGGCGGUGCCGGUUCAGCCUCCGUUCGAGGAUGAAAAGGCGGAAAACGAUAGCCAGGACAUAAACGAAGUCGGACCGAACGAGGACUGGAAGCUGUACAAUCAAAUCAGCAAGACCCAGUCAUAUGACAGUGCGGACGAGGAGAAGACCAAAAGACUCAUGAAGGAAAUCGAAGAGUUCACGCGGCUCGUUUCCACGCCGCAGCCACCACCACCGCAGACGUACAAUAUUGCCGACAACGGACCGGAUGGAACGACCUUAGAAAAUGAACCGGAAACUGAAACCGAACACGAUUACGCGUCAUCCGAUUGGUUCGCGUCCACGUGGAGAACGCAACUGCAGAACCGGAACAACGAUGGAAUGUUGGGCAGGCAAGAGGACGGUGACGCUCCAGACGACGACGAAGACGUAGGCAAUGUCGAAGAGAUAAUAAAAAAGAUCAGAAAAGAUUUGAAAAAACUGUACAAAAAACUCAAAGAAGUAGUUAAGGUGGUGAAAAACUGGUACGCAAUAUGGUCUAUAGCUAAUACAGUAAUCGUAGCAUCAUCAGGAUAAUAAUGUCAUAUCCAUGACACUUGUGUAAAUUUCUCUCCCUAAACAGUCAUUUUAAGAAAUCCUCUAAUAUACUGUUUUUUUUUUCACAAACACGUAUUUUCGCAGGGUCAAUAGCAAAAGAGGUUCUUUGAUGAGAGAAUACAACGAACAGUUUCCUAUGAGUUCGAGUGCUUCCGAAUCGGAUGGGGUGUUCGUAAUCGCCGAACCUUUUAUCGGAGACACCGAUAAGUCCAAUAAAUACACAGUGCCCAUAUUUGCUGAUUAAAAAAAAAAAAAAAAAUGUUAAUAAUAUAAUAUUUUCAAUAAAUAUUACAUAUAGGUAUAUUUACGAUUAUUAUUAUAUACUUGCAAUUUACCAAUUUAUAAUUAUUCGCUAAGAUUUUUAAUAUUUUUAAAUUGUAUUAGGUACAUGACGUAUCUACAAUUGUUGAAAUUAAUCAUUUGCAUCUGUAUCGAAAUAAUGUUCC